GCGUAGGCAUACGCAAGUAGAAUCACUCUGACCUCCACCAGAAACUCUUGAGACUUGAGAGUCGGUUUCCAUUUCCCCUUUGAUCGGUACAUGCUUUGAGCUUUUCUGUCUUUUUGUGUAGCUAGCUAUGAUCUGCUGUCUAAAGUAGGCGGCACCGUAGUGCCAACAAGUGAAAAUUCACGUCAAAACUACCUGAUGAAGUUAAGCUCUGGGUAUAAAAGGGCAUCAAAGACUUUAAGGAUUUACACACACUCAUCAAAACUACAAGAAUGAUUCUUCUACUCGUGUUUACUACCACUUUGUUAUUACUGAUACUCUUUGUGAUCAUCAAGAACGGAGAAACUAAAGGGAAAUGGAGAUUACCACCAGGGCCAAGAACGGUUCCUUUUCUUGGAAACUUGCACCAGCUUGGUAAUGACUUGCCACACAUAUCGUUCAAGAAGCUUUCAGAUAAAUAUGGAUCUAUAAUGUUUCUUAAACUCGGCUCAGUUCCAACUCUGGUGGUCUCUUCAGCCGAUGUAGCGAAAGAGAUAUUCAAAGUACACGACGUUGUGUUUUCGAGUAGACCGGUGUUGUACGCUCCAAAGAAACUCACAUAUGGCUGUUCUGAUAUUGCUUUUGCUCCUUACGGUGUGUACUGGAGAGAAAUCAGAAAGACAGCAAUCUUGGAACUAUUAAGUGCCAAGAGGAUUCUAUCGUAUCGAGCUGUGAGGAAAGACGAGGUUGCGUUGCUGAUCGAUUCCAUACGUAAAUCUUCAUCUUCUUCUGUUCCUGUUAAUCUAAGUGAGACUUUUGUUUGCUUUAUGAAUAACGUGGUAUGCCAAGUUGCUUUCGGCGGGGUAAAGUACUAUCUCGGAGAAAGUGGUGAUGCUGGCAAGACUAAGUUUUACGUAAUGCUGCGGGAGUUGCAGAACUUGUUUGCCGGAUUCAGUAUUGCAGAUUUCUUCCCGUUGAUGGGUUGGAUCCACAAGUUUAACGGCUUGGACGCAAGAAUAAAAAAAAGUUACAGGAAAUUGGAUGCGUUCUUUAAUAAAGUAAUCGACGAACAUAUCAAUGCAGAUAAAUCAUCGAAACCGGACGUAGAGGAUCUUGUGGAUGCACUUCUGUUCCGAUCUCAUAAAGAUGACAUCCAGAGUGCCACCCUCGUCAGAGAUCAAAUUAAGGGAAUUCUAAUGGAUAUAUUUGUUGCGGGAACUGAUACUUCAGCUGUAACACUAGUCUGGACCAUGACAGAACUGAUGAGGAACCCAACAGCCAUGAAGCGAGCACAAGAAGAUGUCCGAACGAAAGUCGGAACUAAAGAUUAUGUAGAGGAAAGCGAUCUUCAUAAACUGGGUUACGUGACACUAGUGAUAAAAGAAGCACUGAGACUUCAUCCUCCAUUGCCAUUACUACUUCCAAGGGAAACCAGAGAAGACUGCACAAUCAAAGGAUACAACAUCCCUAAGAAAACAAGGGUCAUCAUCAAUGCAGCAGCGAUUUCCAAGGAUUCAAAAUAUUGGGAAGACCCAGAAAAAUUCCGGCCUGAAAGAUUCUUAGAUUAUAAUGUAGAUGCUCGAGGACAAAACUUCGAGUUCAUACCAUUUGGAGGUGGACGGAGAGGUUGUCCUGGUAUGAACUUUUCGAUAGUGCUUGUUGAGCUGGUCCUUGCGAACUUACUUCAUUGCUUUGAUUGGAAAAUGCCUCCGGGGAUGAAAGGUGAGGAAAUUGAUAUGCAAGAAGCCUACGGACUCACACCACAUAAGAAGAUUCCUCUCUGCCUUGUAGCUAAUGGUCGCCAAUAGUGUGUGCAAGAUUGCUUUGUUUUUGCUCUUUCUCUUUUUUCUAAUUAUAUAUGAAAUCGGUUCGAAGCUCUUGCUUAUGCAUAAAUGCUGUUACUUUCCUUCUCAAUAUGACGACCCCAUUACGAUCUUAUGAGUAUAUAAUCCAACAGUACUAAAAGCAAAAUCACUCACAAACAUUUCAUCGAACAAUUUAUGUGCAGUUCCAUCUAUACAGAAAUUUACUCAAAACAACAACAAUUUCAUGAAUUAAUUGAUAAAUUCCAAAUCAAACCAAGAAAACUAAACGUGGGUUCUAAUCAGCUUCAUAAACUUUUGAGCAAAUUUCAAUUGGCAAGAGGAGCCAUGAGUUAAACUGAAUGCCAUUCACCGUGAAAAAAUGGCACCAUCUUAGGGGUCAUUGAAAACGCCUUCGCGGUGAAAAAAGCUGGAACAAUUAUUAUGGGUAUGAUUCAUGACCGAACAAAAAUUAUGGAUGGCACAGCACUUUCUGGGACGAAAGACUGGGACACCUGUUCAAAUUCUUAGCCCUGUCAGAGUUUUUGGUCUGAUAUGGUGGUGUC